GUUCUGUUUUUGAUUUAAGGCAGAGAAAGCGGGAAUUGUCGCGUAUUAGCGUUACCUUUCGGAUAUGUCCGGACCGGGUUUUGUGGGCAUCAAGUUUUGCCAAGAAUGCAACAAUAUGUUGUAUCCGAAAGAGGACAAGGAAAACAAGGUAUUGAUGUACGCGUGUCGGAACUGCGAGUUCAAGCAACCUGCGGACAACAAUUGCAUUUACGUGAACAAGAUUAUGCACGACGUGGACGAACUGACCCAGAUUGUGUCGGACGUGAUUUCGGACCCAACUUUGCCCCGUUCCGCGGAGAACCCGUGCCCGAAGUGCAAACACGACGAGGCUGUUUUCUUCCAGGCCCAAACCCGUCGCGCAGAAGAAGAGAUGAAACUUUACUACGUUUGCACGAAUGCCAAUUGCACUCAUCGAGAAGUGUUCGUGAUGCAGAAUCCUGCGGUCUGGACGCUGAAAGCGUCUCAAGGAGAUGAUGGAGUUGAUGCAGGGUUCAGAAGCUUCCGAUUCGAUUUGGCUGAAGACAGCAGUGACUUGGAAGUAUUCACGCGGAAGCUUAUCGCUGAUGACUUGCCGUUGAAGAACGUUUCUUUUUUGAUGCCUUGCUGCGAAGAUGCUGGGCAGUUUGUUACUGCCGUUGAACAAACCCUAGAUUCUUGGGAGCUUUCGGACUUCGGAAAUCUCAGCGUACGAAGUUUAGCUUCUCCGGAUUUUCUCGUCGCGGCUGCCAAAGCGCAAAUGGUUGGAGUCGGAACGAAUACUCGGGAUUCAAAGGAAUCGGCGAGCUUCUCGUCUCAGUCGAGACGCUUAAUACUGCGUCUCCGAAGUACACGCUUAUCAACGAAGAAUUUCCCGAGGAAACGUUGCAAGUUGGAUUCGACAAAAGCUUUAUUCAGUAUCAAGUUUGAUCUCGAGAAGCCGACCGGAACGUUGUCCAGGAAGCACCUGAUCGAGCUCUGCGGUGACAUCGAAUUCAAUUUCGAAUUUGUUUACCGGAAAGGUGGUUCAGGCGAGAUUUUGCGACUUCUGCCGAGUGCGGACGUGUUACUGGGGAAGGCCUUUCAUACACAUAACCGAAUAAUAGAGAACGUGGAAGGAGUGGAAUGUUCGCUGAAACCGAGCGACGAAGAAGCUGAAGAUUUCUUGGAAUGGUUGAACGAUGUCGACAUUUUCCCGCAGGAAGAGCAUUCUUGGUGA